GUAUCCUGAAGAUCGAAAACAGAGAAGAUGAGCUUGAGCACCCAGCACGAAACUCAGGCAUGAUUUCCGCUUGCCUUUUGUAGUUUUUGCCUAAUUCGGGGUUGAUGUCGAAUUGUCCAGCAGCGUUGGAGAUCAACGGCUAUAACGGCAGAACACGGUAAUUUAAAGGUGUUGGGCAUCACAUUGCACUGAAUGUCAUUACACGCGCCUAAAUCUCGAGAAGCAUAAGCAGGACUAAAUCCAGACGCAGUCAUGGAGGCUCUCACCCACUUUAUGAAUGACACUGUAGAGUUCUACAGAUGGAGCCUUACUAUAGCAGACAAGCGGGUGGAGAAAUGGCCUAUGAUGUCAUCGCCUGCCCCCACCCUGGCCAUCAGCUGCCUGUACCUGCUCUUUCUGUGGGCGGGGCCUAAGUACAUGCAGAAUCGUGAGCCUUUCCAGCUAAGGAAGACCCUCAUAGUGUACAACUUCAGUAUGGUGAUACUCAACUUUUAUAUCGCCAAAGAGCUCCUCCUGGGUGCGAGAGCAGCGGGAUACAGCUACCUAUGUCAACCUGUCAGCUAUUCCAACGACGUCAACGAAGUCAGGAUAGCGUCGGCUCUGUGGUGGUACUACAUCUCUAAGGGAGUGGAGUAUCUGGACACAGUGUUCUUCAUCCUGAGGAAGAAGAUCAACCAGGUCAGCUUCCUCCAUGUCUACCAUCACUGCACCAUGUUUAUCCUCUGGUGGAUCGGAAUCAAGUGGGUCCCUGGAGGACAAUCGUUCUUCGGAGCAGGCAUAAACUCAUCCAUCCAUGUCCUUAUGUAUGGAUACUAUGGCCUGGCCGCUUUCGGACCCAAGAUCCAGAAAUUCCUCUGGUGGAAGAAAUACCUGACCAUUAUUCAGAUGAUCCAGUUCCACGUGACAAUUGGCCAUGCCGGCCACUCCCUCUACACUGGCUGCCCAUUCCCUGCCUGGAUGCAGUGGGCCCUGAUUGGCUACGCCGUCACCUUCAUCAUCCUAUUCGGCAACUUUUACUACCAGACCUACCGACGCACCCCACGUUCUGCCCACAAGGCGGCCAAGCCCGUCACUAAUGGCAUCUCCAUGGCAACCAACGGCUACAACAAGCUACAGGAGGUAGAGGAAAAUGGGCAGAAGCAGCAGAAAAAGGGAAGAGCGAAAAGGGAGUAAGGAGAAGGUGGAGAGGAUGGAGGAAGCCUCUGUCAGAACAACACGAGGACCGUGGGGUGAAAAGGCAGAGGAGAUAGAGGGGUUCAGGGGUGGAAGUUCAAAAGUCAAAUGGGAUUCCACCACACCCCUGCAGGAUGUUUCGAGAAUGUGAUUUGUGACCAAUUUGUGUGUGUGUGUGUGUGUGUGUGUGUGUGUGUGUGUGUGUGUGUGUGUGUGUGUGUGUGUGUGUGUGUGUGUGUGUGUGUGUGUGUGUGUGUGUGUGUGUGUGUGUGUGUGUGUGUGUGUGUGUGUGUGUGAGGGGGGGAUGAUUUGGUGAGGUUUGUAUUCUGGGAUUUGGUAAGCUUUGGGUUUGGAGGGAUGGGGUAGGAGGAGGGUGUUGGUUGUCUGUUUACAACAAAAGAAGAUCGCUGCUCUUCAUGUAGAGUCUGUGCUCUGUCUCCUUACUUUGGGGUCCUGGUCGAAGACAAGACCUUAAAAAGACCACAACACAACCACAGGGACUCCCAAACUGCUCAGCAGCCGCUUCCAACCAAAACUCCACUGCGACCAUUUUGUACUUUUCUUUGUUUAACUCAAUGCUGAUGUAGUGAUGCAAAUGCUUAUUUAUUUUUGUAGCAUUGUAAAUGGUAUUUUACGUAUUAAAUUAUUUCAAUUGAAGAAUCUUCCAGAAACAUAUACCAAAAAUGAUUUAUAUUUCAUUGCGUGAUGAGUAAGGGAACUACUGGUGGAGCAUUAUUGAGGAUUAAACAGUUGUUUUACAGUACAGGAGCUGUUCUCAAUUCUAUUUGUGGCAGGACUACUUGUCUACGUGGAACACACAGACUAGCUGCAAGCCCCCUCUGCCAUACAGACCUGGCCUAAAGUACAUAAUAAACACAUACACAAACACAAGAAUUCAGACCCCUUGACUUUAUCCACAUUUAGUUACGUUUACAGCCUUAUACUAAAAUUUAUAAAAUACAUUUUCCCUCAUCAAUCUACACACAAUACUCCAUAAUGACAAAGUAAAAACAGAUUUUUUUUAACAUUAUGCAAAUGUAUUAAAAAUAGAAAACAGAAAUACCUUAUUUAGAUAAGUAUUCAGACCCUUUGCUAUGAGACUCGAAAUUGAGCUCAGUUGCAUCCUGCUUCCAUUGAUCAUCCUUGAGAUGUUUCUACAACUUGAUUGGAGUCCACCUGUGUUAAAUUAAAUUGAUUGGACAUGAUUUGGAAAGACACACACCUGUCAAGAUAAGGUCCCACAGUUGACAGUGCAUGUCAGAGCAAAAACCAAGCCAUGAGGUCGAAGGAAUUGUCCAUAGAGCUCCGAGACAGGAUUGUUUCGAGGCACAGAUCUGGAGAAGGGUACCAACAAAUUUCUGCAGCAUUGAAGGUCCCCAAGAACAAAGUGGCCUCCAUCAUUCUUAAAUGGAAGAAGUUCGGAACCACUAAGACUCUUCCUAGAGCUGGCCGCCCGGCCAAACUGAGCAAUCGGGGGAGAAGGGCCUUGGUCAGGGGGGUGACCAAGAACCCUAUGGUCACUGACAGAGCUCCAGAGGUUCUCUGUGGAGAUGGGAGAACCUUUCAGAAUGACAACCAUCUCUCAAGCACUCCACCUAUCAGGCUUUUAUGGUAGAGAGGCCAGACGGAAGCUUCUCCUCAGUAAAAGGCACAUGACAGCCCGCUUGGAGUUUGCCAAAAGGCACCUAAAGGACUCUCAGACCAUGACAAACAAGAUUCCCUGGUCUGAUGAAACUGAGAUUGAACUCUUUGGCCUGAAUGCCAAGCAUCACGUCUGGAGGAAACCUGGCACCAUCCCUACGGUGAAGCAUGGUGGUGGCAGCAUCAUGCUGUGGGGAUAUUUUUCAGCGGCAGGGACUUGGAGACUAGUCAGGAUCGAGGGAAUGUGAAAGAGGAAAGUACAGAGAGAUCCUUGAUGAAAACCUGCUCCAGAGUGCUCAGGAUCUCAGGCUGGGUCGAAGGUUCACCUUCCAACAGGACAACGACCCUAAGCACACAGCCAAGACAAUGCAGAAGUGGCUUCAGGACAGGUCUCUGAAUGUCCUUGAGUGGCCCAGCCAGAGCCCGGACUUGAACCCAAUCGAACAUCUCUGUAGAGACCUGAAAAUAGCUGUGCAGCGACGCUCCCCAUUCAACCUGACAGAGCUUGAGAGGAUCUUCAGUGAAGAAUGGGAGAAACUCCCCAAAUACAGAUGUGCCAAGCUUGUAGCGUCAUACCCAAGAAGACUCGAGGCUGUAAUCGCUGCCAAAGGUGCUUCAACAAAGUACUGAGUAAAGGGUCUGAAUACUUAUGUAAUUGUGAUAUUUCAGUUUUUUAUUUUUAAUACAUUUGCAAAAGAAAUAUAAAAACCUGUUUUUGCUUUGUCAUUAUGGGGUAUUGUGUGUAGAUUGAUGAGGGGGAAACUAUUUCAUUCCUUUUAGAAUAAGGCUGUAACAUCACAAAAUAUGGAAAAAGUCAAGGGGUCUGAAUACUUUCUGAAUGCAUUGUACCUGGCAUGUGUAUGUAUGUACAAGAGAGUGCAGGAACAAUGACAAGUGCAUGUUUAGCGCAUGGUAUUAUAGCUAUAAGAGUUUGGGUGGGUAAUCAUCUGUGCAAGUUGUUAGUGUAUCAUUAUGAAGAUUGGGUGGCUACCAUACUGCACAUGCAAGUUGGCUGACCAAUACCUUUACUACUAGACUGUUUAUCUAUUGUCUGUUGUCAAAUUGGUCUUGUGCAUUUAUAUGGUUAUCUUUUUUUGCUGUUGUGAAUCUUAUGGGUUUUCUGCAUAAUUUUCCUCUCUUUUUUUGCUGUGCAAUGUAGCUAUGGUACAACUGGGAAACAUGUCUAACUCAAGAUAACCAAUAGGACUGAGGGGGAAAAUGAUACCUCAUCCCAAAGGGCUUUUAAAAAAGUCUAUUCAUUAUUUUAUUUAAAUAAAACACAUACAGCUACUGGCUACAAUGGAAAUAAAGAGGAUGCCAACA